AUGGAGAAUCUCGAAUUACAUUCUAGCGAACUGAAGCAACGUCUCUUAGAGGGCACGACGAUUGUAAGAAGGGAGGGAAAGGUCAUUAGAUAUGACGAGUCCUCAGCACCAAAUCCCCUUCUGACUAUUUUUCCUCGCUCUGAAAACGAUGUUGCUGAAAUCGUAAAAUACUGCCGGGAGAAAGGAUUGCAAUGUUUCGCUCAAAGCGGAGGACACAAUUGGCGAGUCAGAAAUCAUAAAAAGAUAGACGUUGUCAUCUGUAUGAGAACUUUGAAUAAUAUUUCAAUCGAUGAAACUGCCCAAACUGUGACAUUGGGUGGCGGCACGAUUAUCGGUGAGCUGGUCGAGGCGGUUACGGCCAAGAAACUUGAAGUUGCAACUGGUGUUUGCAACACUGUUGGCGUCCUUGGAACCCUUCUGCAUGGCGGUACCGGUCGCUACACCGGAAAAUAUGGACUGGGGAUCGAUAAUCUCCUCUCUAUUAAUAUUGUGGAUGCUUCUGGCAAACUUCACCAGGACAUCAAUAGGGUCACUGAUCCGGAGCUUUGGUGGGCCAUCUGUGGAGCUGGUUCAUCGUUUGGCAUCGUGACCCAAGCCACUAUCAAGGCCUACCCCCAAUCAAAUGACGGGUUAUCAUGGAAUUGUACGAUGAUUUUUACUGAUCCCAGCGCCCCAGAACUUGAGAGGAUUUUAGAAGCCAUUUCGAAGACGCCGAUGGAUGAAAAUAUGAGUCUUCAGUGUUCCUUUGCCUGUCUUCCUCCCACUGGGCUUCCAUCACUGAUAGUAAUGCCUUGGUACUACGGAUCUGAGAGUGAGGCGGAGAAGGUAUGGGGACGGCUUCUUGAUCCGAGCUUUAAGCCCUCUGUAAAAAAUGCGGUGAUUCUUCCUGGCAAUAAGGUAAACGAAGGAAACGAUGCUAUUUGCACUAUGGGUGGUAGAAAGCCUGGUGUUGGAAUGGGAAUUGAAAGACUUGAUCUAGCUGCUUUCUUGGAAGUUUGGAACUUGUGGACUGAAUUUACGAAAAUUGAAGGUGCUGAGGGGUCGGCUAUUUUAAUCGAACGGUUCUCAAAGGCAAAAUCGUUGUCUAUUCCCGACAGUGCUACUGUUUUCCCGCAUUCGCAUCGAGGAAUCGCGUAUGAGGUGGUUUGUUUCCCGAUAUAUAAGGAUGAGACGCUUGAUAUCAAGGCAGAUGCAUUUUCUCAGAGAAUCCGGGAUAUCUGGAUCCAAAAAUGUGGCAAUCCAGAGAAACCACGCUGCUAUGGAGCAUGCGCUGGAUUCGACGAGCCUCUCGAAAUCAUCUUUGGAGGUAAGGAGAGGGUUCAGAAGUUAAUGAAGAUUAAGAAAAAGUGGGAUUCUGAGAAUUAUUGGGGUGCUUUGUUUGAGAUUGUAUGA